GAUCGGCGGCGGCCAGGCCUUUCGGGAAAGAGUGCUGCUGCUGCUCCUGCUCCUCCGCCACCUCCUCACUCGCUUGAAGAGAGUGCACGGAGAGUCUGCGAGGCGCAUGCUUCCCCGCCCCUCGCUCCCUCGCCAUUUUGGAGAUAGAAUAUUAAUCUUGGGAAUGGACUGACAGAGGAUUCAACGCAAUAAGAAAGUUUGGCCAAGAUAGUCGAAAGACAGUAACAGGACAAGGUGUCUGGACAAGGCCUCGGGCGUCCAAUCAUCAACAACUCGACUAUGCCAGCUGUUGCAAGGCCUGGUAGUUUAAAAGACCCAGAGAUUGCCGAAUUAUUCGAGAAAAAUGACCCGGAGAAGAUAUUUGAGGAUCUGCGCGAGAUCGGGCAUGGCAGUUUCGGGGCUGUUUACUAUGCACGAUGCCUGGUUACCAAAGAAAUUGUUGCCAUCAAGAAGAUGUCUUACCUGGGGAAGCAAACGGUGGAAAAGUGGCAGGACAUUUUGAAGGAGAUCCGAUUCCUUAGGCAACUUAAUCAUCCUAACACUAUAGAAUAUAAGGGUUGCUAUCUCAGGGACCACACUGCCUGGUUGGUGAUGGAAUAUUGUCUUGGCUCCGCAUCAGAUAUUAUUGAAGUACACAAAAGACCUCUGAAAGAAGACGAGAUAGCUGCGAUAUGCGAAGGUGUAUUGCGCGGUUUGCAUUACCUUCACACUCUCGGGAGAAUUCAUCGUGACGUAAAAGCGGGGAAUAUUCUACUUACCGAGAACGGUACAGUAAAAUUGGCUGAUUUUGGAUCCGCGAGUAUAAAAUGCCCGGCUAAUAGCUUCGUAGGAACUCCGUACUGGAUGGCACCGGAAGUCAUAUUGGCGAUGGACGAGGGGCAAUACGAUGGCAAAGUUGACGUAUGGUCAUUAGGAAUAACAUGCAUCGAAUUAGCGGAAAGGAAACCACCUUAUUUUAACAUGAAUGCUAUGAGCGCUCUGUAUCAUAUUGCACAAAAUGAUACACCAACUCUAAAUUCUCCAGAUUGGACCGACGUCUUUCGUCAUUUUGUUGAAGUAUGCCUGACAAAAAGUCCAAUCGAAAGACCAACAUCCGGGAAAUUGUUAUCACAUCAAUUUGUUACCAGAACGCGUUCUCCUCAAGUUUUGAUAGAUUUGAUACAGAGAACGAAAGCUGCGGUCCGGGAAUUAGAUAAUUUGAAUUAUCGUAAAAUGAAAAAGAUACUGAUGAUCGACGCGUGUGAAACAGAAAGCACAGUUGGCGAUACUGACGAUACUCCUGAUGAACAAACAGGCGGUGAUAGUAGUAAAAGCAAUUCAAUUACCUCAGAACAUUCGAUCCACUCGAUAGGCGUCUCGGCAAGCUCUCAAAGUUCCUCCACGAAUAGCCUGCCGCUGCCGAAUGCCGAUAGUAACGACUACUCCACGGGAUCUGUUCGAAAUCGGCAUAAAGUUCCAGCAGGCGGUGUCACUGCCAAUCUUCUUGAACACGGUGCCAAUAAUUUUGCGACAAUUAGGACAACUUCGAUUGUUACGAAACAACAGAAGGAACAUAUGCAAGAAGAGAUGCAUGAACAAAUGAGUGGAUACAAACGUAUGAGAAGGGAACAUCAAGGUGCUUUGGUGAAACUAGAGGAACGCUGCAAAAUGGAAAUGGAGUCACACAAGCAAUUAUUGGAUAAGGAGUAUGAAACACUUUUGCAACAGUUCAGUAAAGAGCUCGAGAAACUGCAGUUAAGACAUAUGCAAGAACUGGAGCGUAAGCUGAAACAAAAUCAAAAUGCAGAAAAGAAACUACACAAGGAAAUAACAAGUAGACAGGAGGCUGAUCGCAAAGCUCUGGAAGCUCAACAGAAAAGAGAGUACAAAGCUUACAAAGAAAGAUGGAAAAAGGAGCUCUCUCAGGACGAUGUAACAAAGAGGCAACGAGACGCCACUCUUCAAAGUCAAAAAGACAAUUUAAGGCAGAUGGAAGCGCAAGAGGAACAGCGACUUGCGAGAGGACAACGAGAAUACUUGGAUCUUGAAAUACGUAAAUUCCGUAGAAAAAAGUUACUCAUCUUCCAUAGUCUCGAGCAGGAGCUUCUUCGCGAAGAGUUAAAUAAGCGACAACAGCAGUUAGAGCAGGCGCACGCUAUGCUCUUACGGCACCAUGAAAAGACGCAAGAAUUAGAAUACAGACAACAACGGGCAGUGCACACUCUCCGCGAGGAUCAAGUUCAUCGACAGCAUGCAACGGAACUUUGUAAUCAGCAAGAUUACAUGCAAAGGGCCGAACGUGAUCUGCGUAAGAAACACGCAUUAGAGCUUAAACAGCAACCGAAGAGUCUCAAACAAAAAGAAAUGCAAAUUCGUAAGCAGUUUAGAGAAACAUGUAAGAUACAAACGCGACAAUAUAAGGCAUUAAAAUCUCAAAUCCUCCAGACAACCGCUAAGGAAGAGCAAAAAGCGGUCAUUAAGAAGUUAAAGGAGGAGCAAAGACGCAAAUUGGCGCUUUUAGGCGAUCAGUAUGAACAGAGUAUUGCCGAAAUGCUCCAAAAACAGAGUAUACGUCUAGAUGAGUCACAAGAAGUAGAAUGCCAUAAUUUAAAGGAAAGGUUAAACUACGAAUUAGAAAUUCUGAUGGCAUACCAAUCAAAAAAUAAGAUGCAGGCCGAGGCGCAAAGAAAUAGGGAACGCCGUGAGUUGGAAGAUCGCGUAUCUGUUAGACGAGCUUUGCUUGAACAAAAGAUGGAAUUAGAAACUCAGGAAUUCCUUCGUGAACGUAGUGAACGUAUACGCUUGUUGCACGAAAGGCAGGAACGUGAACUGCAGCAAUUUGAUGAGGAAAGUGCAAGAAUAGGAUUCAGGUUGUUCUAGUAGACAGAAAGAGGGAUGUCUGAAAAUCAAUUGCUAUUAUCGAUUUUCCAAGGAUUACAGACUAACAGAGAUUGUUCGUGCUAACAAACCAGAUUACAAAAUCACAUAUGAGAUGUAUGGUUCGGGAGAAAGCUGUUGGAUUAAUUUAAUACGUUAUACAGUAGGUCUUUCUCUUACGAUAAGUAACUAAUUGAAUAUAAUCGCAGUUAUUAAAGUUCUAGACUUCAAAUUUAUCUUCUCGUCGGGAAGGUUCUAUAUAAGAAAAAAAAAAAAAAGAAAGAUUGUUAAGUUUUAUAUGCACUUUUAAUUAUAGCACGAGUUGUCUCUGAGUUAAGUUGUAUGUAUGUAACAAAAAAGAAAAAAAAGAAGAAAGAAAGCACGAAGUAAUUCUUCAUCAUAGUCUGUGUAAUCGGUAUAACUCUCUAAAUACCCAAUUUAGGAAGUUGAUUGUCGAUGUUGCUAGCGUUUUGUAAAUAUUUAUUCGCUUUACAUAGAACUGCGACUAUGGGACUUUUUAUUAUAACAUUUACUAUUUAGUCACACACUGAAAGAUUUAUAAAAAUUUUCCAAAAAAACGUGGCAAAUUCUAUUAGUUGAAUUUGGAAUGUGAUAACUGAUAAGCUAAACAAUUAAUCAUAGGCAUAGCAUAUCAAAUACCGUAUUAUCGAAUUAUGCUUGUGAUUAUUUGACAAGCUCACUUCUUCACUUACUUCCAUUUAAGGUGUGAUUUCGUAACAUUGAUUAAUGGUUUGUAUUACAGAUUACGAUUCACUGUCGUUAGAUGAAAACGCAAUAUACUUGAGGUUACUGUAAUGAUUCCAGUACAAUUUGUGUAAUUGUGUCUUCUUUACGCUAUUGGCCGAUUACAAGAGAAUUGUUUUUGUACACGUCAGAAUAUUGAAGUAAAUGUAACUAUAUAUACUUCUCAAUACAAUCUCUGGCUUUAAUUAGAUAAAUUGUUAUUUUUAUUUUUAACAGCCUUGUAGUCUUCUUUUUUUUUAUUUUACAGUAAAGCAGAAAUACGCAGAGUGACACGAGUAGUGUAAUUAUCUUUUUUCACACACAGAAUGAAUACCAUUUGGUAUUGUAGAAAGUAGAAAAUAUUACAGAUCAAUCGUCGUGCGCGCACACACACACAUAACAAAAAUAUUCAAAAUGCUAUUGAAACUCCUUGUAAAACAGAAUCACACACACUUUUCCUCCUACAUAUAUUUUAUAUAAGGUAGAAAAUUGAUAUCUUUUUGAAAGAUAUUCAAAUAAGAGUCCAAUUCAACUCACGUCAUUUUUUAUUUGAAAGUAAUAUAAUUUCAUAAGAAAACAUACUUUUCUCAUCAAAUAUUUAUAACCGGAAUUAUCCGAGGUUGUAUGCAAAUGCUACGCAUGUAACUUAUUAAACAUGUGUUAUCUUUAUGUCUUAUUGCAUUUCAUUGGCAAUUAGGAAUAGAAUCAUUUGUUUUUUCUAUAUGUAGUUGAGCUAUACACCUUUUUGUUAGGUCUGUAAUUGAAGAGAAUAAUUUUAUUAAGAAUUUUCGAUAACACAAUACUGAAGUGUUUUGAAUUUAAUGCAAUUGUCUGAAUGGAUGUGCUAACAUUUAUAGUCAAUAUGUGCUCACACAACUCAUUAGUAGCACGAGAUAGAAUAAUAUAAUAAAUAUAAAUAUAUUCCUUAUAAUUAUUUUACUAUUAUCAUUAUACCCAUACAAAAAUACAGCAUAAAAUGUAAAAUUUUAUUAUACGAUAGAUAUCAAUAUUCUUUUGGUAAAUAACUGAUUAUGAAAUGCAAUGUACGUAAUGCGAAUAAUCAAGGGUCAUAACCAUUCUUGAUAGAAUCAUUACGAGAAUAUAAUACAGUUUUAUUUUUAAAUUUAAGUAACGUAUGAAAACAUUUUGUAACUAAAUCGACGACUAAAACGACAAACUGUAUGUAAGAUGCUACUUGCAUCAUAAAUUAAGGCUUAAAAUAAACAGUCGAGGCUGUUUAAUCCAAUACAUUGGUAAGAUAAUAAAGACGAAAAAUGUUGAA